AUGGGCUGGUGGAAGUGGCUGCUGUCCAGCACCGCUCACAGGCCGCGCCGCCUCGCCUUCGUGGCUGUGUGCACACGUGGCUCGUUCGUUUCCAUCUUUGACUAUGCAGACUAUACCGAACGCUUCCUCGGCAUCCGACAGCCGCUCUUCCUGUGCAUCCCGGGCAAAUACGGCUGGCAGGACCCCAUCUUCUUGCGUCUGCACAAGCUGGUGAUUGGACGCUUCGGUGCCAGCUCGCUCCAUCGUCUGCCGACAGCGUCACCAAACGCGAGUGUCCUCGAUCCCAUACUAGCCAGCACCAAUGUGACGGACAUGUACGUGCAAAAGUAUGGCAAGCGCGACGCCGUGCAUACGACCGUCAAAGGUGUGCGCAAUCUGGUCCACGCCGUGAUGGACGGUCGGCAGCCGCACGGCGACGCCUACGCACGAGUCUCGCAGAGCAUUCCUGGCUCCGCGCCCGUCGUGCCGCACAUCGUGCACGCGGCGAGGCCCGGAGGCGGCAACUUGCGUCGUGCGCUUGGCAUCCCAUCCAACGCGACAGUAUUCGCGCGACACGGUGGGCAAGGGCAGUUCAACUUGUGGUUCGCGCGCGAAGCCGUCCUGGAAGUCGCCGGCGUGCGGCCGGAUAUCUUCUUUCUGUUCCUCACGACGCAAGACUUUUGUGGGCGGCGCGGCUGCCCACCGAACGUGAUUCACCUGCCGAGCUCGACAGAUCGGUUCGACUUGAUCCGCACGAGCGAUGCAAUGAUCCACGGCCGCUGGGAGGGCGAGACCUUUGGCCUCGCUGUCGCCGAGUUCGCCACGCACAAUCGGCCCGUCAUAACCUCCAACAGGUCCUUUCCACACUUCACCCUUGGUCGCGCCCACCUGGACAUCUUGGGCGCCCGUGGCAUCUACUACUACGACAGAGCGACCCUCGUCAGCAUUCUGCUCGGCUUCAACCGGACGGAGGCUGCGCAACGCAACUGGCUCGCGUACACUGAAUUCGAGCCACGGCCCGUAAUGCAAAGGUUUUGGGAAGUCUUCCUCGCUUGA